ACUGACAGUGACUGUCAAAUUGAGCUGAAUGUUUCAGUCGAUUUUGGUGUUUUGUAGUGAAAAUAAAUUCAAUUUAAUGCAUGAUAUGGUGACGGAAUAAAUAAAUAAUUUAUACAUUUCGCCACAGAGACUCACAAAGAUAACGAAGAGACGACAGGUCUCUCAAGUACAUUUUCCGCCGAAGAUUUGAAGACGCCGAGGGAGGGACUUUUGUGGACCAAGAGGUGACCAAAGCAGGGAAGCAGAGACAAUGACUGAACCAAAUGUUUUGCCUCCGGGAGUCAAUCCGGAGAAUAAUGCCAUUCCGGGCGUCCCACUGAUCAACAACAACAACAACCGGCCCAGGAAUAACAACCAGAAUUCACUGAUGAACGUCCGAGAUCGCCUCUUUCACGCCCUCUUCUUCAAGACUGCCCUGGCCUAUGCCCAAGCGAUUCCCAAACCAAUGCGUCGUGCCAUUGAACUGUUGAUGCUGCUGAAGGCGCUCACGGCACUCUUUAUCCUGGUUUAUAUUCACAUCACCUUUUCACAGACUCCAGCCACGUGUCUGGAGCACGUGAAGGCAGAAUGGCCCAGAGAUGGGAUUCUGCGGGUGGAAAUCCUAAAGAAUCCUCCACAGGCAGCAAAGAUUCCAUCGGAAAUGGAUGAGGUGGAAUUGACGUUGAUGAGGAAUAAUCAGAGGGAGGGUCUGGUGAGCAUUGAUCCAUCUACGACUCUUCCACACGAACAGGAGCCACAAAAUGGGGCUAUUGAGCCCGAAAAGGAACCACCUCCGGACAAUGAGAGUCAAGUGGCUACAGAAUAUGUCAAGGUCUACAUUGAGACACAAAUGGUGAUGAUGGAGAGAACAAAGUUUGACAGUAUCUUCUCUGAUGUCUCCAAGAGUCUCCUGGCUGCCCAAGAGGAGGAAGAGGGUGGUGCUGAGGGAGAACUUGAGACUUCGGAAGAUAUCCAGGAAGACUCCAUUGUCUAUGCCAAUCAGACCCUCAAUGAAUCCUCCAUUGCUGGCGAGGAGGAGCCCAAAGAGGGUGAAUUGCCAUCGAAUGUGCCAGAAGUUGAGAAGAUUGUCAAUGCUGUUUGGCUGGAGGAUCAGUACAUUGUGGAAUAUUCCUUGGAGUAUGGAUUUCUCCGGCUCUCAGCGCCUACACGACAAAGGCUUAAAAUUCCCGUUUACACGGUGACGCUGGAUCCGGAGAAGGACAAAUGCUUCGGGGACACCUUCAGCAGGUUCAUCUUGAAGGAGUUCCUGGGCUACGAUGAUCUACUGAUGGCCUCGGUGAAGGUUCUGGCCGAAGAGGAGGACAACAAAGGUUACCUAAGAAAUGUCGUGACUGGAGAACACUAUCGAUUUGUUUCGAUGUGGUGGAUGGCUAGAGGCUCCUAUCCGGCCGCCUUCUUCAUAAUGCUCCUCUUCACUGUCUCCAUUUCAAUGCUGCUGAGGUAUUCCCAUCAUCAGAUCUUCGUCUUCAUAGUGGAUCUUCUGCAAAUGCUGGAGUUUAAUGUGUCCGUAAGAUUCCCAGCAGCUCCACUGUUAACGGUGAUCCUGGCACUAGUUGGAAUGGAAGCGAUUAUGUCAGAAUUCUUCAAUGACACCACAACGGCUUUUUACAUUAUUCUUGUCGUUUGGAUGGCAGAUCAAUAUGAUGCCAUUUGUUGCCAUACUUCACUAACUAAGAGACACUGGCUGAGAUUCUUCUACCUCUACCAAUUCUCCUUCUAUGCCUAUCACUAUCGAUUUAAUGGACAAUACAGCAGUCUGGCGCUCGUCACUUCAUGGCUUUUUAUACAGCACUCGAUGGUGUACUUUUUCCAUCACUACGAGCUGCCUGUGAUUAUUCACCAAGCUCAGUUACAGCAACUCUUGAUGCGAUCUCGCCAUCAGAAUCACCAGAAUGGCCAACAGGGGAAUGCUGGGGCAAAUCCUAGCAAUGCAGCGACCAAUGGAACAGUUCAAGGGCCCAACAAUAAUGCCCCUAGACCGGCAACGGGGGAGGCAAGGCGUCCGGGGGAGGGGGGAAAUCGUCAGAAUGACAACAACAACAAUAACCACAAUUUCUUCACAAAUGUUACCUACCUGGCCAGGAGACUUCCUGUGCCCGGCCUAAGAAAUCGCGAAGAUACGCCUCUGAUGCGGAGCAUUAGAAACUUAAUGGCCAACACAGUGCUGGGCGGCCUCAUCAAUAACAACGAAAACAACAACAAUCCACGGAUCCGCGUGGUUAAUCUUGGCAAUUUGCAGAGAAUAUCUCUGGGCAGGAUUGCCAUAACUCCCACAACAGUGCAGAGUGAGACUCAGACAACUGGGGGUGAUACAGAGGCAGCUGCUGAGAAUGCCAACAGCUCAACGACGACGACUCCGUUGAGUGCAACUUCAGCCGAUCCGGCUGUGGCCAGUGAGGGUGGUUCAAGGAGUAAUUUUCAGCGGAACUUCGAGGAGAAUAAUUACAUUUUUCCCACUGAGACGUCCACGGUGGAGAGUCCCGUGGCGUCCAAUUCACAAAAUCAGGUGGAUGUGCAGGAGGGGGUGAAUGCAUUGGUGGUGGGGGGGAUGAGUCAGGUGGAAAAAAUUGCCAGUAGCACUAUGGGCAAUCCGGAUGAGGGUAGUGGUGAUGGUACUUUCUAUGUGGCACAAUCGAUUGCAAAGACGUGUGCUGAUGCCUCAAAUUCACAUUCAGCCAGUCCGGGCGCCAAAUUAAAUUCCACGGAAGGGAAUUCCCAUGCGGAAAUUUAUAGUGCAAAUAAUGAUGUUUCGGGAAAUUAUGAUUCCGGCAAAACGGACGCCAUGGUUCCCGGUGGGAGUGAUGAUGCGGAUCGGGGACACAGGAGUGAGCAUUUUCACGAGCAACAUCCACCCGGUGACCCACCCAGGGAUCAGCCCUAAGGGUUGCAGCUGUGAGGUAGGUGCGCGCAAAGUCAUCCCGUGGAAAGUGUGAGUGUGAGUGAGUAAUGCACUUUUGAUCAUUUACCUUAAUUUGCUAUAUACAUAUAUAUAUAUAUUUGAAGAAAACAAAAACUCUUUAUUUUCUUGUACAUAUACUAAUGACUGUGGAAAUGGAGUGAAUGAUUUUUUUUUGAAUGAUCUGAUGAGUAGAUGAUUGUCUAAUUUUGUUUACAAACGGAUAUGGGUUGAUGGACAAAAAGAAAAAUCAAAAAAGAAAAAAAAGUUCUUAGAGAUAGAGAGCUUCGAGGGAAUUAUAAAUGGGAGAAGUUGCAAAAACAAAUCCUCCAAGCUGAUAUUGAUAAAUUUGUGAUCAUUUAUUUUCUGUUGAUGUGGGAAGAUUGUUGAUUUUCUUUGGGUUUUUUCCACACUUUCCACAUUUAUUUGAGAGCGAAGAAGAAGAAAAGAACUUCAAACAUUUAAAAUAAAGUUGUUUUCUCACGAUUUUUACCUCUUUUGUACAUAAUUUCUUCGGCUAACUUUGCAAAAAAAAAGGUUUAAAAAAAAUCUCUCUAACUGCCCGAUGUUCUUUUCCGUGGGAAUUUUCUUUUGGUAUGUGGAAGAGUUUUCUCGUCAAUCACUUUGGGAUCACUUCAUGGCGAUUUCUUCUAAAAAAAAAUCGAUUUUUAGAGAAAAGAAAGAAACUAUAAUGCAAAAAGAUAGAGAGAUAGGAAUUGUGUAAAAUUAUAUUUAUGAUAAUAGUUUGUAAAUGAAUUAUUCUGUAAUGAUUAUACUUGAAAAGCAGAAAUAAGAAGUGUCAAUAAAUGGAUUGAAAGUC